AUGACUUUUAUUAUAAAACAUAAAUGGACACUGGCGACGUGGUUUCUUAUCAUUAUAAGAUCGGUGAACGUACAGAUAGCUGUACCUAUGUACCCGCCACCUGUUUACGCAGUUCCACCACCUCCAAUAGCGGUAGCAGUGGCUGUACCAAUAGCUAUGCGUAUGCCAUUCAAAACGACUGAAAGAACAACGACCACGUCGACUACAGAAGCAAACAUCGCCAUGCGUAUGCCUGUACCUGUACUAAUGUCAGGCGCUGUGCCAUAUCCGAUGAUGCGUCCUCCACAUUGGCCAAGCAAAAAGCCUGAACUUAACGAAAGAGACAACAGGCCACCGCUUCCACCGCCUCCAGCAUAUUCAGCCACUGGUUUCGGUAUACCUUCUAUAGUUGCGCAACCGCCUGUCAUAGUUUUACCUUUUCCACUGCGUCCACAACCUCCUAUACGCAUUCGGCCUUCAAGAAGACCGUCGUCUUCUGAUUCUGAAUCCAGUGAUACUAGCGAUACAAGUGAUAGCAUGACUUGUAGUAGUUCAUCUAAAUGUUACACACGUGAAGGUCGUUACAGUAAGAGGCAUAGAGGAAUAAAGAAACGCUUGUUUGCAAACAGGAGACAUUUAAAUCCCAGCAGGAUAGAAGUGAGUGAUAAUGAACUCGUUCAGCCAGUGUUGUCAUAUAUAUCAAGAAAUGGAGAUGUCAAAUUUACAAAACGCAUUAGUAGAUACGAAGCAGACAAGUUACUUGGUGAUGACAAUUCGAGGCAACAACCGCAAACAGUUCGCGUGAUGACAGGAAAUGAACCGGCAAAUUCACGACUGGUAGUGAUUUCAGAGGACGCAGACACUAUACAUUUCGAUGAUUACAAACGCAAACGUAUAGUCUUGAGGAAUGAUGGAGCUAACCACGUCUUGGGAGAGGGUAAAAAACAGAUCGUAUUUAAACCGCCAGCUGAUAAAAGGAUAAGCAAUUUAUCAUUGUCUUUUCAAAUAAUAUAAUGCCUUAUAAAUAAGACAAUUUGUAAUUUUUUAUAUAAUUAAUACUUUAUCAAAAUUAAAACCGUUUGUUGAACAUA